UGUGCCUCGUUCAUGUCGUUUGGUUAUUUAGUAGAGUGGCCAACAAUUGACGGUUUUUAUUUUUGAAAAUUUCGAAAACACAAAAAAUCGAAAGAAAAUAAAUUAAAUUCAAUUGAAUAAAAACACACAAAAAAGUACAACAAUUGUGAUAAAAUAUCAAUCAGUGAAUCGAACGAAGAAGUGAUCGACUGGCACACAAUUAAUUUUCUUCACAUUUAAACAUCGAAGUAGAUUUCGUGUACAACGGUUGAUCCCAUUAGUACAUUGAUCGGGUUGUCGUUGAAAAAAAAAUUCUAUUCUAUUCUUCGUCACAUGAAAAAAUAUCAAAAUAUUCAAAUUUGUAAUAAAUAAUUCAUAAACAUACUCUCGUACUACAGCCAGCUAAAUUUUUGCAACAAAAACAAACCGAAAAUAUGAGUUUUUUCUAAUUAGAAGAAAAACAUCUCACCUUGUUGGAAUUAAUUAACGGAUUCAUGAUUUAUUAAAGCAAAAAUACUCAACAUCACUAAAAUGUAAAAAAUAAAUACCAAGAAUUAAUAAAAAAAAAAUAAAGUAAACGAAAGUCAAUUUAAUAUAUAAAAAUAUGGAAACGGCAUUUGAUAUAUUAGUUGUAAAUCAAGAUUUCAAAGCGGAAACCUCGGACUCUGUCACUCUGACACGCGGUGACAUUGUGGAAGUGCUGAAAACAACUGAAACCAAUGGCGGCUUGAAAAAUGUAACAGACGCUGAUGCAACUGCCAAAUGGUUGGUUCGUGUAUUCGGCGAUAAUGCCAAAGAAGGAUGGGUGCCGAAAAAUAUUUUAGAUGCUGGCCUAUCAGCCAUGUUAAAUGGCAACGAAAAGGAAAGUGCUGAUUUUCAGAAAAAAGCCGUUAUACGUGAACUAAUCGAAACAGAGGAGGAGUUCAAUCGUGAUUUACAAAAUGUAGUUGAUCGUUAUAUUAAGGCCGUUGAUGCGGCUACAGCACCACGUAAUGUACGCGAUAGUAAAGAUAUAAUAUUUGGAAAUUUUCAACAAAUUGCUGAAUUUCAUAAUAUGGUUUUCAUUGAUGGCGUCAAGUACUAUGCGGAUAAACCGAAUAUGGUAGUCAAAACCUUUUUACGUUUGGAAAGAGAUUUUGAUAUGCAUGUUAAAUAUUGUAAAACCGAACCUUUAGCCCAAGAAUAUUUAGCAUCGAACAAAGAAGCCUACACAUUCUUUCAGGAAAUUUCGAGUAGAUAUAACGACGAAAAAACUUUGAGUGAACAUCUUAAAUUACCCAUACAACGAAUUAACGAUUAUCAACUUUUAUUAAAGGAUUUGCUUAAAUUCUCACUGAGCUUAAAAGAAAACAUUAAAGAUAUCCAAAAGGCUUUAGAGUUAAUGCUUAGUGUUCCUAGCCGAGCCUACGACAAUACAUUCUUGAAUAGCAUUGAGGGUUACCGGGGUAAUAUUAGUAAAAUUGGACGGCUCCUUUUGCGCGAAUGGUGGACUGUGCUCGAUAAGGAGGGCAAGGCGCACGAACGUUAUUUGUUCCUAUUUAAGUCACGCGUGCUCAUCUGUAAGGUACGCAAGAUCAGUGAGACACGUUCCAUAUUUGUGUUGCAAGAGAUUAUAAAAAUACCGGACUGUGUAGUGGAAGCGGAUAGAGAAAAUAGUCUAAUCAAGUUCACGGCCAAACCCAACGCUAAGGAUGCUCAGCAUUUGCCCUUGUGCCUAAAGCCUCACGGUGAUCAUAAGGAUUUACUUGAGAAGUGGUAUACGGAAAUUUGUACUCAUAUAGAUAAAGAAGUUACGCUGCAGGAGCAUAAGGCCGACGAUUUGCGCAUAGAUUCUACACAAAUCCUACAGGAAACCACCUUAAAUUUGCCCCAAAAGGCAGAGGCCUAUAAUCCGGAUAGUAAUAUUAAGGCCUCGGAUGUUGCCAAAGAUUAUUUCCUAACGAAAGAGGAAAAGGAACGUUACCAGGCAGAAUACCAGGAGUUGUUGCGAUUGGAACAAGAGUCCAUACAGCGUUACAAUAAAACGAAAUUGGAAAGUUAUCAGACGGUGCAAAAAUCGUCAGUGUCUAGCAAAGAAACAAGCCAGCAUUCGGAAAUACAACAAAGAACUGAAACCAUAUCGAAAGUAUCUCAAAGAAGCGACGGUGUCGAACAGCAGAUAUCGACACAAACACAAUCGAUUGAACAGCAGGAAAGAGUUGUUGUGAAAAAUGAUAAUAUUGUAGAAGAGCAGAGAUCGACAAAUGUAAGCUGCUCUCAAGAAUCCAAAACUGAAGUUGCAAAUAAGGCAACAGCUGAAGUUCCAGUCAAUCAAAGUGUAACACAAAAAACUGUUAAAAUACAAGAACCAAAAGAGGAGCCAAUCCCGAAACCUGCACCUGAACCUAAAAGAGAAUCUCCUAAACCGGCCAGAGAAUCACCCAAGCAGACUAAAGAGCCUUCAGGAGAAUCUCCUAAACCUAAGAAAGACUCUCCUAAACCUCAAGACGUGCCCAAACAGACAGAGGAACCUUCUAAAUCGAAUAGAGACUCUCCCAAACUUAGACGAGAGUCACCUAAACCAACCAAAGAAACUGCCAAACCCACACCUGAGGAACCAAAGGUGGUAGUGCAGCAAACAGCUGCUAUUAAGCAGGAGCUGAGACAAGAACAUAUAGCUGAGAUAUCGUCUUCUAUAGAAGAACACCGAGAAGAAAUUACAAAAACUGCUGCUACCAUAACUACAGAGACUGAGAUCUUACCACCCUCUUGCCCAGUUGAGGAAAUCGACGAAAAUCUUGACAGUAGAGCACGUGAUUUCUCGAGAGGCACCUCGUAUGAUAGUCUUGCUGAAGUAGAUGCACUUAAACCACCAAGAAAUGUUUUAGUUGGCAGCACUAGUACACUACUACGGUCACACAGUCGCUUAGAAGAUCGUCCCUAUUCCCGUCAAUCAAUAGCAUCCGUUAGAACUCUUGGAGCACGCUCUACCACAUCCCAAAUGGAGGGCCGUGCGCAUAAAUCGAUAGAUAAACCUAUCGUUAUGAAAAUGCUAAGAUGUGCGCAGGUUCAACCUGGUGAACCCGCCCACUUCGAAAUACAAUAUAAAGAAAAACCCGGUUUGGUAAUUUGGUUAAAAGACAACAAGCCCUUGGAUGACGCAUUAGCUGAUCGCAUCAUCCAAACUGAAGCCGCGAUGAAUUCUUAUCGCUUGGAUAUUAAAAAUUGCAGUGAACGCGAUACAGGCGCUUAUACUGCAAAAGCAACCACUGGUGCUGAGGUCACCACUUGUACCGCUCAAUUGGUAGUUGGUCAAUCUGCUGAACAUGAUGAAAGCAAAACCAAUGUGGCUCCCAUAUUCUUGGUUAGCCUUAAGGAUGCUGAAAUGUUGGAGAAUACCAUGUUCCGUUUCUUAAUCAAAAUCAUGGGUGAUCCUAAGCCCAAAGUAGAAUUCUUUAAGGAUAAUCAGGAAAUUUUGGACUCUGACAUUAGACGUCAUAUUGUACGUGAAAAAGAUUACUUGGGUUACUAUGAGUUGGUAAUCAAUGAGGUAACUAAAGAUGAUGCCGGCAUUUAUCAGUGCAAGGCCUCCAAUAAGUUUGGUGAUGCCUUCUGUGAGGCUACCGUCACUACAGCGGAAGAUAAAAAUCCCUUCGGUUCUUUAGCUGGUCAAAUUUUGCCUCCCGGUGAGAAGGCUGUAUUCCAGUGGAAACGUAACGGAGCACCUUUCGAUCCCGAAGAACGCUUCAAGGUAUUGUUCGGUGAUGAUGAGGAUUCACUGGCUUUGGUCUUCCAGCAUGUGAAGCCUGAAGAUGCUGGCAUUUACACAUGUGUAGCACAAACUACCACCGGCAACAUCUCCUGCAGUGCCGAACUAUCCGUGCAGGGUGCCAUUCAAACCCUGAACAGGGAGCCGGAAAAGCCAACCUUGGUUAUUGAACACCGCGAGGCCAAUACCCAUGUUGGUGGUACAGCAAUUUUGGAAUUGCAAUGCAAAGGUUUCCCCAAACCAGCUGUGCAGGUCAAACACGAAGGUGAAAUUAUCCAGGUUGAUGAGAGACACAAAUUCUUGUAUGAAGAUGAUGAAACAAUGUCUUUGUUGAUCAAAAAUGCCACCACCGAAGAUGCUGGCAUUUACACAAUUCAUGCCAUGAAUGAAUUGGGUGAAGACACGUCCGAAAUUAGUUUGGUAGUAAAAGCUCCACCUAAAAUCAAAAAAGUUAAAGACAUCACUUGCCAUGUAAGUGAAACUGUCAAGAUUGAGGUCGAGGUUGAAGGCUACCCCAAACCAAUUUUGAAUUUGACCAAUAACGGCAAAGACAUUACUUGUGAGAAGAACAUCAAAAUCUCAGAAGUAUCGAUCGGCAAGAGUACGGAAAAAGUUGUCAUUGAAAUUGUUGACAUUAAGCUCUCGCAAUCUGGAAAUUUCUCUCUGAGGGCCACAAACGAUCUGAGUCAGACCUCGGAGUACUGGAAUUGCACGGUACACUCAAAACCAGUGUUUGUCAAGCAACUCGAGGAGGAGUAUGUGCACGGUGAAAAGGAAACGGUCAUAAUGACCUGCCGCAUUGAUGCAUUCCCCGAAGCCAAGCUUGUCUGGUAUCAAGAGGGCAAAGAGAUCAAUAUGCAGAAUCACAAAUACUCGGUAUCCUGUGAUGGAAAUGCUUACACUUUAAAGAUUACCGGUGUAACCAGAGUUGAUGCUGGCGAGUAUUCAGUUAAGGCUGAUAACGAACAUGGUUCCGCCACCAGCAAAACUAAUUUGCUGAUCAAAUGUACCCCCGAAGUGAACUCCAGUUUGAAGAAUAUUACCGUUACCGAGGGUGAUACCAAUGUCAUGCUCAACAUUGGCAUUGAUGCCUAUCCCAAACCCAGCGUUAAAUGGUACAUUGAUGGCAUUGAAAUCGAUGAGAAACGUAAUGAGUUCAGACGUCAAGAGGAAGGCCAUGAUUACAAAUUGAUCAUGAAGGAGGUUAGCGUAGCCAUGCAGGGCACAUACAGCGCUGUAAUUAUGAAUGAUUAUGGAAAAAUACAAAAUGAAUGUAUUGUUACCGUACAAUGCAAACCUAAAAUCAAGAAACAAUUGAAGGACACUGAAUUGGAAGAGGGCAAAACAUUGACCCUGGAAACUGACAUCUAUGCGGAACCCGAAGCUACCGUUAAAUGGUUCAAAAAUGGUCAGGAGUGUUCUGCCGAUGCUCGCUUGAAAAUCAAUCAUGACUCUAAACGUUAUGAGGAAUACAGCAUGACUUUGAAUUUAUGCAAGCCUGAAGACAGCGGCACCUAUGAAGUAAGAGCUAAAAAUUUGGUGGGAGAAAGUGUCUCCAAAUGUCAAGUUAAUAUUCUGACUAAACCUGAAAUUGAUCAUGUGGAUAUCUUUGAGAAACACAGUUUCGAAUCUGUUCCAUUGAAAUUUGAGGUCAUUGCUCAUGGCAUACCAAAGCCCGAAGCUAUUUGGUAUAAGGAUGGCAAAGAAAUUAAGCCUGAUGAUAAUACCGCCAUAAUUGUGGAUGGUCAAAAAUAUCGUUUGGAAAAGAAAUAUUUGAAAUUGGAGGAUGCUGGUACCUACAAGGUGGUUAUCAAGAACAAGGUUGGUGAAAAGACCCACCAAGGUGUAUUGACAUUGUCGGGUAUUGCUGAGUAUCGCAAACCAAUCGUAAAGAAGGGUCUCGCCGACAUCAGUACUUACAAGGGCAAGCCUUUGUCAUUGCCGAUUGUCUUUACCGCUGAUCCAGAGCCCAAAAUCGUUUGGCUUAAGGAUGGCAAGCCCAUUCAAAGCAACGAUCAUGUCAAGUUGAGCGUGGUCAAGAAGGAUUUGGAACAUGGUUUAGUGGAAUAUGCCUGCACUUUGAAUAUCGAUAAAACUGAACAUGCUGAUAAUGGCCGUUAUGAGUUACAAAUUGAAAAUAAAUUUGGCCAAGCAAAUAUUAGCUGCUUUGCUGAUGUUUUAUCCAAACCUGAAAUCAUUGGUCUCAAGGAUCAAGGUUGUAUGCCUGGCCAAACUGUAUGCUUCGAUGUGGUGGUGCAAGCCAAUCCCAAACCAAAGGUUACCUGGAGUCGUGGCAAUGAAAACUUGUGCAAUAACGAAAACUGUGAGGUUAUUGCCGACGUUGAGGCUGAUAAAUAUAGAUUGGUAUUCCAAACUGUAGCCGCUGCUGAUGCUGGCACUUACACUUUGACUGCUGUCAACAAUGAAGGCACUACUACCCAGGACUUUAAACUCAAUGUCCAUGUUGAGAAACCCACAUUCAUUACACCGCCCGAAGAUCAAGUUAUACAUGAUUAUCAUGCCGCUUUAACCAAGGUUGUGGUACAUGGUGUUCCCUUGCCCAAAGUUGAAUGGCUUAAAGAUGGCAAACCCAUUGAUAUCAAUGCCACUGAUAAGCUUACCGAAGAGAAAAUAUAUCGUGUGGCCCACAAUGUUAUUUCCAACGAUCAAAUUGCCAGUGAACUAGAAGUUGUUCACUUCCGUUUGAAUGAUAUUGCCAAGUAUGCAGCGGUAGGUGUUAAUGAUAUCGGUAAGACUGAAGCUCCCUUCAAACUCACCAUGUUGGAGUUGGCUCCCAUAUUUGUCAAGAACUUGGAACCCACUCAAGAGGUUACUGAAGGCAAGCCACUUACUCUACAAUGUGUAGUGGAUGCCAGUCCUUUGCCCGUUGUACAAUGGUUCAAGGAUAACGAAGAAGUUAAACCAAGCGAACACAUUAAAAUCACUACUACACCUCAGGGUCUUCUUAAAUUGGAGAUCGAAGAGUGUGAACCCAAUGAUUCCGGAGCCUAUAAAUUGGCUGUCACCAACGAACACGGCAAGAAAGUGGCUUUGUGUGCAGUUGCUGUUAAUCCCGAACCUUUGGAACCAACAUUUGUUAAACCCAUCGGUGAUAAGAAGAUUACUGUCGGUGAACCUUUGAAGUUGGAGGCUGUUGUAAACGGUUUCCCCGCUCCCGAAAUCAAGUGGUUCAAGGAUGAAGUUCUGCUGAGACCCAGUGAAGCCAUCAACUUUAUAAACAGUCCCAAUGGCCAGAUUGGUAUUGCUAUUGAUUGCUGUACUCCCCAUGAUGCUGGUAUCUACAAGUGUGUCAUCAGCAAUCCCGGUGGUGAAGUCAAGGGUGUGGCCAAAAUUCAAGUGGUACCCAAAGAAACGAAGCCAGAAUUUGUGGCUGAAUUGCAAGAUGCCAAGAGCAUUGAAGGUUUCCCUGUUAAAAUGGACGUCAAGGUUGUGGCCAAUCCUAUGCCUGAUGUUAAAUGGUUCCACAACGGUCAAGAACUCUUGCCUCAAAAUAAACACUGUACUUUGAUACAAAAUCCCGAUAAUACCUACAGCAUGAUCAUCGAAAAGCCAACUCCCGCCGACUCUGGUCUAUACGAAGUUAUUGCCACCAAUGACAAGGGCUCUGCUGCUUCCAAAGCAAAAUUGUAUGUAGCCCCAGUAACCGAUGAAAAUGCUGCCGAAGAGGCACCCAGUUUUGUGUCAUCAUUGCGUGAUGUUAGCGCGGAUGAGGGUCAACAACUGGUGUUAUCAGCUCCGUUCGUUGGUAAUCCCAUGCCCGAGACCAUUUGGAGCAAGGAUGGUGUACCAAUUACACCCGAUGAACGUACUCUGAUGACUUGUGAUGGCAAACAUGUGGGUUUGAUUAUCAACCCAGCCGAAACUGCCGAUUCUGGUGUCUACACUUGUCUGCUGGCCAAUCCCUUGGGCGAAGAUACUUCCAAGUGUAAUGCCAACGUUAGCAAAAUCUACAAGAAACCCAAUUUCACCCAGAAGAUUACCGAUCAACAACAGGUUUAUGGUGGAGAUGCCAAGAUUUCUGUAUCUGUUUCUGGCGUACCUUAUCCCGAUCUACAGUGGUAUUUCAAUGACAAACCCAUUGAGGAUGGCGAUAAGUACUACAUGAAGAAUGAUGGUGAUCAUCACACUUUAACAGUUCGCGACUGUGGAGAUCGUGAUAAGGGCACCUACAAGUGCAUUGCCACCAACAGGGAGGGCAAGGACAUUACCCAAGGCCGUUUGGAUAUUGUUAACGAAAUCAAAAAACAUGUUCGCUCUGAGCCACCAGUAUUCCUCAAGAAAAUUGGUGAUUGCGAUAUUUAUUUGGGAAUGGCGGCCAAAUUUACAGCCAUGGCUACUGGUUAUCCAAAACCCGAAGUUGAAUGGUUCAAGAAUGGACAGAAAAUCUUCCCAACAGAUAAGAUUCAUAUGGAAACGGAAGCUAAUGGUUUAAUGCGUCUGUCCAUUAAGGAUGCCGAUGAAAAUGAUGUGGGUCGUUACACCUGUCGCAUAUUCAAUCCUCAUGGCGAUGAACAAUGCGAAGCUGAAUUGUUGUUCGAUACAUUCGACAGUCCUUCUCAGGUUCCUUUGGGUGAUCAAUAUAGUGAUUUCAAGAAAUACAAGCAUACCGGUGCUCCAAACCCACUAUCCGAAGCUCCUUACAUUUUAAAGAUGACCGAUCGCAAUUUGCAUUUGGGAUGGAAGCCUUCAGUACCUUCAAUGCCCCGCUAUCCAAUUACCUAUCAAGUUGAAAUGAUGGAUCUUCCCGAUGGAGAAUGGCGUACUAUUCGUACUGGUAUUCGUAACUGUUCCUGCAACGUCAAGGACUUGGAACCUUUCAGAGAUUACAGAUUUAGAGUGCGUGUAGACAAUAAGUUUGGUGUUAGUGAUCCCAGCCCUUAUAUUCAAACCCACAGAUCCAAAUUGGUGCCUGAUCCACCAAGGACAUACACAUACUUGGCUCCAGGUGUCGAUUUCAGGCCUGAAACUUCACCCUACUUCCCUAAGGACUUUGAUAUUGAAUGUCCUCCUCACGAUGGUAUGGCUCAAGCUCCUCAAUUCUUGCGUCGCGAAAAAGACGUUACUUAUGGUGUAAAGGGCCACAAUACCGAAUUGAUGUGGUUCGUAUAUGGUUAUCCUAAACCCAAGAUGACCUAUUACUUUGAUGAUAUGCUAAUUGAACCUGGCGGCAGAUUUGACUUCAGUUACACUCGUAACGGUCAAGCCACUUUGUUUGUCAACAAAAUGUUGGAUCGUGAUGUAGGUUGGUAUGAGGCUGUGGCCAGCAAUGAGCAUGGUGAAGCCAGACAACGUGUACGUUUGGAAAUUGCUGAAUACCCCCGCUUUACUAAACGCCCAGAUGAAACCUUUAUCAUGGCCCGUAAAAAUGGUCGUAUUGAGGCUCAUGUUGUAGGUGUACCAGUACCAGAGAUUCGUUGGUAUAAGGACUGGCUACCAUUGGCUGAUGCCACUCGCAUUAAGAUUCGUCACAUUGAACCCCAUGUUUACAUUUUGUCGCUCAGCGAUACCAUCAUUAAGGAUGCCGGUCUCUAUUCGAUUAGUGCCCGCAAUGUGGCCGGAUCGGUUAGUUCUUCGGUCAUGGUCCAUAUCGAGGAUAAUGAGGAUCAAUAUAUAUACAAGACCUAUGGCAGACACCCAUAUGUGCGUACCAAGCAAUUCCGCUAUGAAGACAAAUAUGAUUUCGGUGAUGAAUUGGGUCGUGGAACUCAGGGCAUUACUUAUCAUGCUGUGGAACGUGCUACCGGCGACAGUUAUGCUGGCAAGAUCAUGUAUGGCAAGCCAGAGAUCAGGCCAUUCAUGCUCAAUGAAAUGGAAAUGAUGAACAUCAUGAACCAUAGAAAUCUGAUACGUCUACAUGAUGCCUACGAAACUGAUCGCAAUGUCACCUUGAUUUUGGAGUUGGCAGCUGGUGGUGAAUUGGUCAGGGAUAAUUUGUUGAAGAGAGAUUACUUUAGGGAACGUGAUAUUGCCUGCUAUGUAAGACAAGUUUUGUGGGGUUUGGAGCAUAUGCACGAUGCUGGCUUAGGCCAUAUGGGUUUGACAAUCAAAGAUCUUUUGAUUUCUGUUGUGGGUGGUGAUUUCUUGAAAAUCUCCGAUUUCGGUUUAACUCGUCGCAUCCAUACUCAUACAUUGACUACUCUUGACUACGGCAUGCCCGAAUAUGUCUCACCCGAAGUGGUGAACAAAGAGGGUGUUGGUUUUGCUCACGAUAUGUGGAGCGUUGGUGUCAUCACUUAUGUUUUACUUUCCGGUCACAAUCCAUUCCGUGGUGCUAAUGAUCGCGAAACUUUGCAAAGAAUUAAGGAAGGUCAUUGGGACUUUAGCGAUUCCAUUUGGACCCAUAUCACCGAUGAAGGUCGCGAUUUCAUCAAACGCCUCUUGGUUUACAGCCCCGAAGAACGUAUGGAUGUAAAGACAGCCUUGAGACAUCCUUGGUUCUUUAUGUUGGAUAGACGCGUGUCUGACGAUGAAUAUCGCAUCAGUACUGAUCAUUUGAGAAACUAUUACAACGACUAUAGAGAUUGGUAUGCCAAUGCCUCGUGCAAGCACUACUUCAGACGUAGACGUUUGAGUGGUUGUUGGACACAUCCCUCAAAGAUGGUUUAUCCUCCAGGCUUGGUUUAUACUCCCGAGUCAACACCGGAGCCCCUACCCGAACCCAGAAUUCGCACCAAGCGUGUUGAAACCUAUUCGAAAUAUUUACAUCCUGAAUAUGAAUUAGGCAUUAUACAAUCCGAGAGCCAUUACCAAUAUGGCCCUGAUACAUACUUGUUGCAAUUGCGUGACGUAAACUUCCCCGUACGUUUGCGUGAAUACAUGAAGGUAGCCCACAGAAGAUCGCCUUCAUUUGCCAUGAACGAAAGCUUGGAUUGGUCUUUGCCCAUUAUUCGUGAACGUCGUCGUUUCACCGACAUUAUGGAUGAAGAAAUCGAUGAUGAACGUACUCGCAGCCGUAUCAGCAUGUACACUGCUCAGGACUCUUGCACCAUUCGCAGAUUACGUACCGAAUUGGGCCCUCGCUUGGAUGAAUACACCGAGGCCGAAGCAAUGAUUGAAUGCAGACGUGAGGGUUAUCCUCCCUUCUUCAGAGAAAAGCCUCAAGCAUUAGCCAUUACUGAAGGUCAACCCGCCCACAUUCAUUGCUUCGCCGUUGGUGACCCCAAACCCGCUAUUCAGUGGUUCAAGAAUGAUAUGGUUCUAAAUGAGAGCAAUCGUAUUAAAUUCCACACCGAUGAAGAUGGACGUUCCAUUUUACGUUUAGAGCCUGCCAUGCAAUUCGAUGUCGGUGUCUACAAGGCUGUGGCCCGUAACAAGGUUGGCCAAACUGUAGCCAGAUGUCGUGUAGUGAUCGCUACUUUGCCCGAUGCUCCUGACUCUCCCGAAAUUUCGGCUGCCAGUAGCAGUGAAAUCUUGUUGCGUUGGAAACAACCUCGUGAUGAUGGUCACACUUCAGUGUUGUGUUAUAGCUUGGAAUACAAACGCUUAAAUGGUGAUGCAUGGAUUAACAUUGCCGACAACAUUGAUCACGAAUUCUACUUGGUUCACGAUCUACAACCAAAUACCCAAUACCAAUUUAGAUUGGCUUCUAGAAAUCGCAUUGGCUGGAGUGAAAUGGGCAUUCCUAUUACUGGUGCCACCAGCGGCAUGGAUGCUGCCAAAAUUCAUAUUACCAAAGCCAUGAAACAUUUGCAACAAUUGACCGAAAAUGGUCAUGUUGUUUUGCCCGAAGAAGAACGCGUUCACACCGAUUACCACUGUGAACGCGAACCUCCCAACUGGGUUACCGAUCAUUCGGUCAACGAGAAAUAUAGUUUCAUUUCGGAAAUUGCUCGUGGUGAAUUCAGCACCAUUGUUAAGGGCAUUCAAAAAUCAUCCGAUGCCGUUGUAGUGGCCAAGAUCUUCGAAGUCAGCGAGGAGAACGAGGAGGAUAUUGUUGCUGAAUUUGAUAACUUCAAGACAUUAAGACACGAACGUAUUCCUGCUUUGUUUGCCGCCUACAAACCUCUUAAUGUUCCAAUUGCCAUCUUUAUCAUGGAGAAACUGCAAGGUGCCGAUGUUUUGACCUAUUUCAGCAGUCGCCAUCAAUACACCGAACAAAUGGUCGCCACAGUUGUUGUACAACUCUUGGAUGCUUUGCAAUACUUGCACUGGCGUGGUUUCUGUCACUUGAACAUUCAACCCGACAACGUUGUGAUGGCCUCCGUCCGUUCUAUACAAAUCAAAUUGAUUGAUUUCGGUUGCACCAAGAAGGUCAACAAAUUGGGUGUACAAGUUAGACCAUGUGGCAUGUUAGAUUUCCAAGCUCCAGAAAUGGUAAUGGAGGAACCGGUAUUCCCACAAUCGGAUAUUUGGUCAGUAGGUGUUUUAACCUAUUUGUUGUUGUCGGGCACAAGCCCAUUCCGCGGUGCCGACGAAUACGAAACCAAGCAGAAUAUUACCUAUGUACGUUACAGAUUUGAAAAUCUCUUCAGUGAAGUAACACCCGAAGCCACAAGAUUUAUAAUGUUCUUGUUCAAACGUCAUCCACAAAAACGUCCAUACACCGAUGACUGUCAAGAGCACAGAUGGCUUAUGGCUUCCGAUUAUAUGGUCAAGAAACGUGAAAGAGCUCACUUCUUAGGCAAUCGUCUCAAGGAAUUCUCCGAUGACUAUCACAAUCAAAAGUCUUCCAAAGCAGCUCCUAAAAUAAACUUUGAAGGUGGUCCCACCCCCUCUCAGCUCUUAAGAUCCAACAGCAUACAAGAGGAAUUAUUUACCACCUAUUAAAAAAUGCAUUAUUUAUUUAGAUUCAACAACACCAUUUUCAUCAUCUUCUAAAAACAAGGAAGCAUCUCAAGAAACUCUCAUUGUAAACUUAAUAACGAACAAAUGAUAUUUAUUUAAAACUCAUACUACGAAACGACUUAUUUGCUAAAAAAAAAUUUUACAAAUUGUAUAGAAAAUCAACAAAAAAAUUAAAAUAUUUAAAAAAAAAAAUUGGUUGCAAAUUUAUUAUUUUUUUUUUUAAUAUUUAUAGAAAAUUCAACAUUAAUUUAUAUAAAAAACACAAAGUUGUAUAUUUAUUUAAUAAAUAUAAAAUUAAAGAAAAAAAA